CAUUCGUUCUCGAUUAUCCGUGCUGAAUAGUUUUUCGUUCAACAAGCGCAGCGAAACCUUUGGCGUAAGCUUCGUGCAAACAAGUUUUAUGCCUUCGGAAAAUCAAUUACCAAAUCUUUUCGGCGCUUGCAUUUUGCUUUCCAGAAGUGUGUGUGUUUUGGCCGUACCGUGUUAAGAACACUGCAGUUUGAUGAAGUAAGCGGAAGAAUUCUCUCAUGUAGCUGGGUGGCGUGUGUUGUGCGUGUGCAUAUGUGCACACGGAUGCGUUCGCCUGACGUUUGGUUGUCCGCAAGUUGCUAACAAAAAGUCUAUCAAUUUGUGUUGUUUUCGUGCAAACUAGCUGGUAGCGAGAGCGGAGGAGUUUAAGGAAAUACUGAAUCAAAACAUUAUUCGUCCGGUGGUGCUAGCGUUCCACGCGUUAAGAUGCGACAGUGGUCGAGAGGUUAAUGCAGUGCGUGCACACGAUGCACACGGCCGCAAAGAAGCAGCGUAAACAAAUACGCAAUAGGAGCACUAUUCUGCGCGAGCGGGCUCACCCGGUGCAAGGUGAUUGGUGAAGAGGGCCCGAAGCUUUACCGACGCGACGCUACGGUGUGCCGCCGUACGUAAUGGUACAUGCCUGACGGAGGAAGGGGGUUCACAGCACCACCAGCAGAUUCGCGCGUGACCCGCAGCAACCUGUCCCGGUCGGAAAGGUGACAGACGACGCACUUACGACUGCUACGAUUUCUAAACAAUGAACGCGCCAUAUCCGACACCGAACGCAUGCUACACGGACAUCAAGCAGGGCAUCCUUUCCUACACGCUACCCCUGCGCACCGAUCUGAGCGAUAUUCCGGGACCGCCCAUUAGCUUGCUGCCAACCCCGCCCCACAGCCUGCUACCAAACGUCGCGCAGGACAAAUCAUCGUCCUCCUCCGGGCAGAAGAAGAAGCGCCGCGCGUACGUGAACGAAAGCGAGGAGGCCCGGGCACGCCGACUAGCGCGCAACGCAGAAAGGAUGCGGCAGAAGCGCGCCAACGAGACGGAGGAAGAGUACCGGCUGCGGCUGGCCAAGAAUGCGGAAAGCAAUCGACGGAAGCGACAAAACGAGACUGAUCUAGAGCGCACCAUCCGCCAUGCCCGCAGUGCGGCACGCGAACGCUUACGGCGCGCGAUGGAAACGCCCGAGCAGCGGGCGGUACGGUUGGCCAAGCUGGCCGAACGGAUGCGUAUCGCCCGUGCCAACGAAACGCCCGACCAGCGGGCCAUGCGGCUGGCCAAGAACGCGGCCAAAGCGAAGGAGCGCCUGAUGAAGGAGUCGCCCGAGCAGUGGAUCGAGCGGAAGCGAAAGAAAGCGGAAUACGCCCGGCGCAAACGGAGCGGCAACCCGAACAGCUCUGCCGGCAGCAGCAGCAGCAACGAUGCGGCCAUACACAGUACGCUCGCUUCGCCCGAGCUUUCCUACGGCCAUAGCUACGUCCCCGACCUUGGCCACGGGGUGCCACCGGACGUGAAGGACAUCAAGCUGAUAGCCUCGCCGAAGCAGCACGGCGGCAGCGGCGCACAGCAACCGGAACAGAUCUACAGCACACCGCACCUGCCCUUCAUGGGGCACGAGGUGAAGGCGGCCGAUUUUCUCCCGGGUGCGGUAGUGCAACACCCGGGCGCGACCGCCCUACACCACCACGACCUGUCCAACCCGAACAACGUGCUAAAGUUUCACGUGCUACCCUACUCGCUGCCGCCUGGUGCAGCGCCACCGGCGGUACCGGCUGGCCCCGGUAUGCCGCCCCAUCCCGGACAUACGGUGUACAAACACAGCAAAGGACAAUUGGCACGAAAUAUGAAUGGAUUUUUCCAAAUCAACACAUAUUACAAUGAGUUUAAGCAAGAGGUUGACGCUGCUUACGCCGCUGCACCGAUUCCUCCGCAAGCAGUCCAGCAGCAUCACCAGCAGCCGCAGCCACAACGGCAGCAACAACAACAACGGCAGCAGCAACAACAACAACGGCAACAGCAGCAGCAACAACGCCAGCAGCAGCAACAACAACGCCAGCAGCAGCAACAACCACAACAACGGCCGCAAGUAGCUGUAAGCGAGAGCAGUGUCACGUCCACCCAGCACACGCUGACCCUGGGCAGUAGCAGCAAGCAGCAGCCGGAUCUGAGCAAAAACCAGCGCCGUUUUGUGCACGAAACCGAGGAAGCGCGGGAGAAGCGGCUGUCGCGGAACGCGGAGCGUAUGCGCCAGAAGCGGGCGAUGGAAACGGAGGAACAGAGCCGGAAGCGUAUGGCCGAAAACGCGGAGCGCAUGCGACGGAAACGGGCGGCCGAGACGGAGGAAGCAUACCGUAUGCGAAUGGAACGCAACGCCGCCUUCAAGAUGACGGACGAGUAUCGGCGCCGGCUGAACGAAAAUGCCGAGCGCAAUCGGCGAAGGCGUCAGAACGAAACCGAACUGGAGCGCAGCAUCCGGCGGGCACGGAGCGCCGCCCGGGAACGGUUGCGCCGGGCGAUGGAGUCGCCCGAGCAGCGGGCCGUCCGAUUGGCAAAGCUAGCCGAACGGAUGCGCAUGACGCGGGAACGGCUGUGGACGACCAUGGAGACACCGGAGCAGCGGGCAGAACGGUUGGCGCGACUGGCCGAGCGGAUGCGCAUUGCUCGGGCGAACGAAACGCCCGAACAGCGUGCCCUUCGGCUGGCCAAGAAUGCUGCUCGGGCGCGGCAACGCUUCCUGAACGAGUCGCCCGAACAGUGGAUCGAUCGGAAGCGGAAAAAGGCGGAGUACGCCCGGCAGAAGCGGGCGGCCGCAGCCCUCGGUAUUGAGGGCGCCAUCAUCACGUCAACCAGCAGCGCGAGCGCACCCCCCGGUCCCAGUCAUGCAAGCCAUGGCUUACAGCACGCUUCCGGGCCCUCGGUUGGCUUUCCGGGCCAUGCCCCAUCCACCCUGCCCGAAACGAUACUGCAUGCAACCGGCGGGGCACAACAGCCGACGGGUAGUAGUAGCAGUGGCAGCAGCAGUACCGGCGGGGGCUCAUCCAGCAGCAAACAGAAGCAUUCUUCCGCGGCGGGGCAACUACACUCGGAGCACAUUUACGCCACGCCACAAGUCAUAUUCAGCGGUGGCGACUUCAAACCGCACGAGCUGCUGAACGUAAACGGGCAACACUUGGUCAUGCAGGCGGACCCGAACUGUCCCAACAAUCUUUACAAGCUGCACAUUCUACCGUACCCCUUCCCGUCUGCGGCGGCAUCAGGCAGUGGCUCCGCUCCGCACGCCGACCAGCCGAGUGCGUACAAAACCAAGUGUAAACGUGGCCCGCAGGCCAAACCACCGAUUUUCGUGAGCUCGCCAACACUCCAAAUCGGUGCGAUAUUCCCUCGCUGGCGAUGCUUUUUGCAAGCAUGUAAACACACCAACCAGCAACUAAAUAUGAAUGGAUUCUUUCAGCUCAAUCCAUACUAUAAUGACAUUAAGCAAGAGAUCGUGGUCCCAUACGCAGCAGCACCUGUCGUGGCGACCACCUUGCCGCAAACAAUACAGAGCAGCGUCCCGCAACAACUACAGCAGCAGCAGCAGCAGCAGCCAGGAACCAUUAGUGCCGGUGACGAUCGUUCCGUAAGCGUACCGCACCACCUGUCGCCCCUGUCGAAAAGCCAGCGACGGUUUCUGCACGAAAGCCCCGAAGCCCGGGCGAAGCGGUUGGCGCGGAACGCGGAGCGUAUGCGCCAGAAGCGGGCCGCCGAAUCGGAGGACGAGUACCGCAAGCGGAUGGCCCAGAACGCGGAAAGGAUGCGGAAGCGGCGGGCGGCCGAAUCGGAGGAGGAGUACCGGAAUCGGAUGCACCGCAACGCGGAAAACAAGUACAGCGAGGAGUACCAGAUACGGCUGGCGAAAAACGCCGAGCGGAACCGUCUGCGGCGGCAAAAUGAGACUGACCUCGAGCGCAGCAUACGGCGGGCCCGUAGUGCGGCACGCGAACGCUUACGGCGCGCGAUGGAAACGCCCGAGCAGCGGGCGGUACGGUUGGCCAAGCUGGCCGAACGGAUGCGUAUCGCCCGUGCCAACGAAACGCCCGAACAGCGGGCGUUGCGGCUGGCCAAGAACGCAGCCAAAGCGAAGGAGCGGCUGCUAAACGAAACGCCCGAACAGUGGAUCGAGCGGAAGCGAAAAAAGGCCGAGUAUGCGCGGCAAAAGCGCAGUGCGGCAGCCACCGCCGGCAAACUGGGCCUCUCGACCACCUGCAACUCCUCCAGCAGCAAUGCCAGCGCACCGUCCGCGGCGGGCGGCAGCGAAACGGCGGGCUUUAGCCAUGCGCCGACCGCAACCAGCAGCACGUACAAUCUCGAACCCACUCACUCCCUCGUGUCGCUGUCGACGACGGACCUGAAGGACAUCAAGCUAAUAUCAGCACAAAAGCCCGGCCAAAUGUUGCAGCUGCCGGAGCAACUGUACGCUACGCCCCACAUCCCGUUCAACGGGACCGACCUGAAGCCGCCGGAGUUUUUAACCAGCAGCGGGCAAGCGGCGACGAGCGGCCAGGGCGGCCCACCCCACCACAUCAUGCAGCCCGAGCUGUACAAGUUCCACAUACUGCCCUACACCUUCUCCCCCACGGCCGGUGCAGUGCAUCCGACGCAGGCGGACUACAAGGGCAAAUAGGAAGCGUGCACCUCCAUAGCUAUAAGCUAUAUUGGAUCGUUUUGUCAUUUAAAGCUUAUUUGCGCUUAAAGUAAGGAAAGAGCCUGUGCUAAGCUCGCACGGUGGCCUUUCUGUUCUUCUUCUUCUCAGCAACAGCCCUUUGUGUUGAAGGAAGCGAAUGCCAGGAUAGAGUUAGGUUCCCCCCUCGUUCAUCGCAACAAUCGCUAGAACACGUGGAGCACACGUGCGUGGGUCAGAUUAGCAUCAUACAAUGUAGCGAUCCCCUUUUAUGGAGUGAAUUAGCAUAAGUUAGCCAGUCUGUCGAUGAACAAAUAGUGGUACUUGUAACAAGUUUAGUUCGAAUGGUGUAGAGAGGUUCAUUAUCACAAGCGAACAAGGGUGUAAAACGUUGUGUUUGAGGUAAACCUAAUUAUCCUAGUCACUUUCGUCAUAAGAAAAAGGUUGAAUAAAAUGGUACUAGCAUUA